GUUCUUGACACGACAAGCCGCGGAUUGUUGACACGAACAGCUGAUUGAAAUCCAAGAGUCAUUUGAAAAUCGCCACUUUUUGUUUUCCAAAUUUUGCACAUGUCCUGCACACAUUUUUCACAUUCAGUUCCAACGCAGUAAAACUAAAUGUGCAACGCAACAAGGGACAUAAUGGAUUGCAUGUUCGAGGCUGUGCUCGACUCCACUCAAGACCCCGAUGACAUUCCCCAGAGCACUGAGCCCGUUUGGCUCUUAGGAAAGAAAUAUCAUGCAAUUAAUGAACUAAACACCAUAAGGCAAGACAUCGUAUCAAAGCUAUGGUUUACAUAUAGAAAAGAUUUUGUCCCCAUCGGGGGCAGCGAUGGGAAAACUUCAGAUAAAGGCUGGGGCUGUAUGCUGAGGUGUGGCCAAAUGGUGCUAGGACAGGCUUUGAUGAGUAUACAUUUAGGCAGAGAUUGGCAAUGGAAUCCCACCACCAGAGAUGCAACGUAUUUAAGUAUUUUAAAGAAGUUUGAAGACUCUAGGAAAGCCCCAUUUUCAAUUCACCAGAUCGCUAGCAUGGGGAUAUCGGAAGGGAAGGAAGUUGGGCAGUGGUUUGGCCCCAACACUGUUGCCCAAGUUUUGAAAAAAUUAGUAAAAUUCGAUGAAGGCAACGACGUUGCCAUUCACGUAGCUCUGGACAAUGUAGUUAUUAUAAGUGAAAUUAGAGACCUUUGCCUCAGUAAAGAAACAGCGGAUGUUUCCACACCGCAUUGGAAACCACUCUUGCUUAUCGUGCCCUUAAGAUUGGGCCUCACGCAGAUGAACAGCAUUUACUUGGGAGGCCUAAAGCAAUGUUUUCAAUUCAAACAAAGUUUAGGGAUAAUAGGCGGCAAACCAAACUCGGCCCUCUAUUUUAUCGGUUACGUUGGAAAUGAGGUCAUCUAUUUCGAUCCACAUACAACGCAAAAAGCUGGAUCAGUAGGGAACAAAGACACCAGCGAAGAAAAGGACGUUGAUCUGAGCUACCAUUGUAAACAUGCUUCUAGAAUGAGUAUGCUAGGCAUGGAUCCCUCAGUAGCUGUGUGCUUCCUUUGCAGAUCUGAGGCCGAUUUCAACGACCUUUGCCAAAACAUCAAGGACCAACUGAUAAAGACUGAGUCGCAGCCUCUCUUCGAGGUUUCGUUUGAGAGAACCGAGGAGUGGCUGUCUACCGUUGAAGAGCUAAACCUGUCGGGUCUAAGCGACCAGUCCGAUCAAGAGGAAUUUGAGAUUUUAUAGUCAAGCAAAGGAAACGCACGUUCCAGAGCAUGUCAUCAAAUUGUACGAAUUUCACUUAGAAUUGAUGGGAGACUUGAUUAGAGAGGGGAAGGACCCAAGAACCAUAUUUAGAGGUUUCUAUAUAAUUUGCCAUUAACUUUUUUUACGAUAAUUUAGAAAUACUUUCGGAUUGUCGAGCCUUUAUACGAAUCGUUUGGAGAUGCACACAUUACCUCUAUGUUUACUGUGAAACUAUUGUAUGUUGUAGAUACGUUAUAUAUAUCUGAGGCGGUUAUACACUCACAAAGCCUUUUAUUUUGGGUAUUUUGCGGGUGCAAGCACCCAAAUAAAAGCCUUUGUAAGUAUCGGCAGUUGCUUUUUGCACCUGGUCACAAUAAACACAAGGGCCUUUUUUGAAUAUAUUUGUAAUUAAAUC